CCGAUUACUGUUUGUGUACAGAUCCACCUUAGCGAUGACCACGGGAUGCGUAUCCUCCGUGACGAAGUGAGGGCUGCUGCUCGGACUAUUUUAAACAUGAAGCCAGAGAUUCUGGUGGAGAGUCAGUCAGCUCCUCCUUCCGAGCAGAGGUUUGUGCCCCGUCGGGUUGUGAAGGGAGCGGAGCGCAUUUCACCUCGGCCCUUUCGUACUCGAAUAUUUGUGAGAUCUGACUUAAAGAGACGCCACACGUGGAAAUCGGAGUCAUACUCUGAUUCGCCCCAGAAAGUGGUGUUUCCGCAUCAGAUGGAUGGCACUCCUGUGACGUUGAAAGAGUGUUCCAUCCCCCUGAAUCCUGUCCAUUUCUCACCCGCUAUGUUGGUUGCCAUGGAAAAAGUCUCUCCAUCGGCUUGUCAACAUGUUCACACAGGCAACGACACCAAGCUUGUGGAACAUCCAAGGAAACCAUCUGUCUUAAGAUCCAGACGUGUUUCUGACACACCUUGUGCAGUUUCUGGUACUGGUGUGGAAUUUGUUGCACCUAUGACGACUGUGGAGGCAACACUGAACCAGGUGUUUGUCUGUGAUGUGCCGCGUUCUCCCCCUCCUCGGGACACGUCCGACUGUGCUGGGUUUGAGACCAUCCGUCCGUGCAAGGUUUCUUCCAGCCACAGGCCACAGCCGCCCAAAGCCACAGCUGUCCACACUCAUAUCCAACCACAUGUCCAACCUCAUGAUCAACCACAUGUCCAACCUCAUGUCCACACUUAUGUCAACCACAUAUCCAACCUCAUGUCCAAACUCAUGUCCAACCACAUGUCCACUUUCACAUCCAACCACAUAUCCAACCUCAUGUCCAACCUCAUGUCCAACCAUAUGUUCACCCUCAUGUCCAACUACAUACCCAACAUCAUGUCCAACUUCAUGAUCAACCACCUGUCCAACCUCAUUCUCAUAUCCACACUCAUGUUCACCCACAUGUUCAACCUCAUGAUCAACCACAUGCCCAACCUCAUGACCAAUUUCAUGUCCAACCACAUGUCCAAACUCAUAUCCACACUUAUGUCCAACCUCAUGUUCAAUCUCAUGUAA